UAUUACCGAUAACUCAAAAUGAGCAACUCCCUCACGAUUAGAAGUCGUUUGUAGUUGUGGAGCUUUUUCCGGGGGCUUAAAAACGGUUAAUCGCAAUCUUUUCAACCGGUUGUAACCAUGAUUUUAUUAGAAAUCAAUAACAGAGUUGUGGAGGAAACCUUAACGGUUAAGAUUAAGAACGCACAAGCAGGGGCUAAAAAUGAGUAUAUUGAUGUUACGGUGGCCGAUUUCGAUGGAGUCUUAUACCAUAUAUCAAAUUUAGAUGGCAACAAAAGUAAAAUUAGGGUUAGUAUAUCCUUAAAGUUUUAUAAAGAACUUCAAGAACAUGGAGCCGACGAACUUUUAAAACGCGAAUACGGGCCAAUUUUAAUCAAUCCCGAAGACGGUUACAACGUAUCGGUGUUAUUAGAUUUGGAGAACAUCCCCGAUAAUUGGGCGGAAAUUGUUAAAAAAAUCGGACUUUUAAAACGAAAUUGUUUUGCUUCAGUUUUCGAAAAAUACUUUGAUUUCCAAGAGAAAGGCGAUGAAGGCCAAAAAAGGGCCGUUAUUCAUUACCGAAGCGAUGAAACGAUGUACGUUGAAGCGAAAUCCGAUCGAGUUACGGUAGUUUUUUCGACUCGUUUUCGCGAUGAAGACGAUGUUAUAAUUGGGAAAGUUUUUAUGCAAGAAUUAAAGGAAGGUUUACGAGCUUCACAUACAGCUCCCCCAGUUUUAUUUAGUCACCGUGAACCACCCCGAGAGCUUCAAAACACUGACGCAAAAGUUGAUAAUAAUGUGGGUUAUGUAACUUUUGUGUUAUUCCCGAGACACACCGCAAGAAACACGCGGGAUAACACGAUUAACUUGGUGCAUAUGUUCCGUCAUUACUUGCAUUACCAUAUUAAGUGCUCAAAGGCGUAUAUUCAUAGUCGUAUGAGGGCGAAGACGAGUGAAUUCUUAAAGGUUCUUAAUAGGGCUCGACCUGAAAAUAAGAGUACUGAUAAGAAAACUAUUACGGGUAGAACGUUUGUGCGAAAAGAUUGAUGAUAAGGAAUUUGUUUCUAUGUAAGAGCUCAAAGUAAUCAAGAAAUAAUGUUUUAAAAUAGAAAUUAAAAACGAAAAUAAAAUUA